AUGGCUAAUAUUUCCAUUUCUCGAGUUAAGCGAGAAUUUGCAGAAGUAGUCAAAAGUGAAGAGGCCAAAAGAUGCGGCAUAUGUAUCAAAAUGUUAAAUGAAAAUAAUUUUACAAAGCUGUUGGGCGAAAUCACCGGUCCUCCAGAUACACCCUACGAAGGUGGAAAGUUUCUUGUUGAUAUUGAAAUACCUGAUUCUUACCCGUUUAACCCCCCAAAGAUGAAAUUUAUUACUAGAAUAUGGCAUCCGAACAUUAGUUCAGUUACUGGUGCCAUAUGCCUUGAUAUUUUAAAAGACAACUGGGCCGCAGCUCUCACCUUAAGAACCGUAUUGAUGUCAUUACAGGUACUACUAAGCGCUGCAGAACCGGACGAUCCACAAGAUGCUGUCGUCGCUAAACAAUACAAUGAAAACAUUCAUUUAUUUAUGAAGACUGCUAGACACUGGUCUGAAGCGUAUGCAAAAGCGCGACCUAUAAAAACCCAAGACUUUCAUGAGAAAGUCCGAAAGUUAUCUGAAACUGGUUUUUCUGAUGAUUCAUGCAGAACGGCUUUGUCAAAAAGUGGAUGGGACGAACAACGUGGAAUGGAAACACUGUUAGAUUCAUAG